AAAGUGUUCAUAAACCAAGUGAAAGUCAGAAAGACCCAUCGCCGUGAAUUGGCGCGCCACGAACCCCCUCUCGACCCUAGUAAAGCUUUCCGGAGUUUCUGUUACAAUCACCGAACUGACAGUCUCCUUCUCACUCACGCUUAACACAAGCUAACCAGUGGCGGCCGCCGGUCUCUGUUUCUGAAGUGACAAUGGUCUGGAGUCUGCUCCCGGUUGAUCCUCACUCCGGUGAAGAAAAAUACUACAUCUAUAGAAAGGGAACCUACAAAGUUGGCCGCAAAGGUUGUGAUAUAGUAAUCAGCAAAGACAAAGGAGUUUCAAGGGUCCAUGCAGAAAUCAUUGUUGAUGAAAUGAUUUCAAUGAGUAGACUUCCCGGAGGAUCCAACAUAUUAUCUCGUGUUAGGAUUAAAGACAGUUCAAAGUAUGGUACAUUCAUCAACAAGAACCAUGCGUCUAAUGAAAAGGUUCAUGAGCUACCCAGCAAAGAAACCACUUUAAAAGACGGGGACGUGGUUUGCUUUGGAACUGGUAAUGCAGCGUAUAGGUUUUCUUUUGUCCCCUUCGUCGUUUAUAAUAUGUUCUGUUCUGAGCCCCUUGCUGUUCGAGGCAAAGUGUCAUCAAUUGGUUAGUGCCUCUGCCCUUUCAGAUUGAAGGUCAUAAUUUUAUUUCUUCCAGGCCAUGAAAUAAAGUUUUAACUGUUUUCCUUUUUCGAAGUUCUACCCUUGUGUGCACUGCUUGGUUACUAAAUGGAUUCAAAAGCGAUUGUUAUCAGUGGUCUAUAGAGUGGGGUUUAGAAAUAAAAUAACUAUCUGUUUCGUAAAACCCUGCUUUCGGGAGAAACUUUGUAGUAAUUUGUCUUUCAUAUGGAAACUGUUGCUUUUGCUCUUUUGACCUUAGCCUCCCCUUUUGUAACAUGGAAAACAGGGAGAUGUUAAAGUGUACAUAGUUGUCGUAGUAUAAACAUGUUCGUUCAAUCGCCUAAAAUUUCAUUUGUCAGUAAUGUGGGCAAAUAGUGGAUUAAGGCUGUUCUCAUGCUAGUUGUUGGAAGUAGAUUUCAAUUGUGAAGUUUGGGUAUUGGAUCCUCUUAGAUCUGCUAUCAUUGGGUCAGAGACUCUAUCCAUGGAAAGAUAACUGUUUGAUGCAGUUAAAGACUCCAGCAUGUAGUACUUGCAAAAACCAUAAAGUGAAAGAAGUGACAUCUGAUUUAGCAGUUAGGAUACGUCAUAAGGAAAUAAAUGGAAUAAUAUGAAAGUAAAAACGAUGCUUAUUCUGAUGCCAUUUGCCAAGAUAAUUUAUUGGUUUCGGUGCAGUGUUAAGCUGGACAGCAGCAAUUGUUUGACUGUCGAUCUAUGAAGUUGCAUCUAUUACUAUGGCCAAGACUCAUCAUGUUUUCGUUGGCUAGUUAUCUGUUUCUUUUUACUUGGUUUCUGACAACCGUGGAAGCUAUAUGACAAAAUUACUAAUGAAUUUAUGCACUCAUACUAUAGGUGCCUGUACCACUAUUGAGUUAAGCGAUGAGUGCACACAUGUAUUAACUGAUCAGCUCGCGCCAGUUAGUGAACCUCUGAUUGAUGCUAUUGUGGCAAAAAAACCAAUUACGCUCAUGAGCUGGCUGGAGGUAAUGCAUAUGCAAUGCUUCUUCCACGUUUGAUACUGCUCUGAACCUGAUAGCAUUAAGCAGUGACAUUAAUAGUUAAGCAAUAGCCUGUGAAGAAAGCAAGGAAACUACUUCGAAUUACCUAAUUCACUAGUGGUAUCAGAAUGGAAAUCAUAGCAUCUUCUGCAGUUGUUGCCAAUGAAAAUCACCCUACUAGAUGAAUAAUGUCUGUGAUCUAUCAAACCACAGGUGUUGUCUUGCAUAUAAGAGUUCUUCAUUCUCUUUACCCAUGUUGUAUAAGGCACACUUGCUUAUUAUCGUAACAAGUUAAUGGCUUUAAAACCUGCUAAAUGCCCCAGGAGAAAUUUUAUUUUCUAGAAAAUUCUAGAAGGAGGUGAUCUCAGUUAGUUAUGUCCAAUGUAUGAUGAACUAUCAGAGUGGUAAUAGAAAGUCUCUCAUCAU